UACCUACUAAGAAUUACUCUGACUGCUACCUAACUUCUGACGCCGCUCGCAACAUCCAAGUCUAACUAGCAAUCUUGACAUCCCAAGUCGAAAAAUUUAGUCCCUGCGACUUGUUCUUUACAUACAUUUUCCUACCCAACCCUACGUAUCCUUCUUCCCUUAUCUAUUCUUUCUCCCUCCUACGAUUAUUGUUUCCCCCUUCCAACUCUCCUUUACUAUUUGACUCCCUUUCAUCGCGACUCGGACCAAUAGCGGUCCUCCCCCACCUAGUCAGUGGUUGUUUGGUUGUCUAGUUGUGUGUUCCAAGUACUUCGCAGCUUUGUCGCAAACUACCAGCGCAUCCAAUAUGAAUCAGACAGGCCAGUACGGAGCCGCCCCGAGACGAACUAAUACCUAUGGCUCUCAACACGACGAACUCCAUAUUUCCCCAACCAUGAGCCACAGUGGACAAUUGCCCUCCCCGCGAGACUUCACCACCGGUCCCCAUAUCAAGCUCGAACAACCUUCUUCGCAACCCGUCAAUCCUCAAUACCAAAAUUCCGGUGUGCCCAACGUACUUCAACCUGGUGGUUUAGGCCCCGCUGGCUCUGGUCGUCCCCCCGCCAUGAGUGCUAAUACCGCGCCCACUCUACCCACCAUGUCGGGUAGCAUACAACAUUCUCCGAGCGAUUACACCUCGCCUUCGAAAGCACCUCCAUUAAGCUUGUCGCAUGGCUAUUCUCGAUCUAGUCCUGCCGCUCCUUAUGAAACCUCCGCGACCACUUACUCUCCCUAUACACCUACCACGCCUGGAGGAUCUGGUGCUGGUCCGUCUCAAUACAUGUCGCCACAAGAUCCAAAAUAUGGCGCUCCCGGUUCGCAGCGAAACAUUUCCAACACACCGCUUGGUCUAGCCGAUAUUAGACCACGAGCCGAUUCGAGUCUAUCCGAUGGCGGUCCUCCAGGUACACUUGGCUACGAACUCGCCAAUAUUCAACCAUCUACAAGCAAUUAUCUAGCUCCUUGGGCACUCUAUGCAUUCGAUUGGUGUAAAUGGGCUCCUCAAGGUAGAGGAGCCGGUAAGGUCGCUGUCGGAAGCUACCUAGAAGAUGGACAUAACUUCAUCCAAAUCCUUGAUACCCAAAUCGUCAAUACCCCUUCCGAUAUAUAUACUCCUGGUUCCUCUAAGUAUAGUAUGGAAUUUACCAAAGUUGCAGAAGCAACACAUUCGUACCCUGUUACUCGCUUGCUAUGGGAACCUCCCUCUUCCCAAAAACAAUCUACCGAUCUUCUAGCUACCUCCGGUGACCAUCUUCGACUUUGGUCUCUUCCUACCGAUGCCCAAUCGACGCAUUCGAACUUAGUGAACAAAUCUAACAUCGGCGCACCUGUUACGAAGCUUACGCCCCUCGCGCUAUUAUCGAAUUCCAAGACACCAGAUCAUACCGCGCCGCUCACAUCAUUGGAUUGGAAUACGGUCUCGCCAAGCUUGAUCAUCACCUCCAGCAUUGAUACGACCUGUACAAUCUGGGAUAUACCGUCCCUCACAGCCAAGACGCAACUAAUUGCGCACGAUAAGGAAGUCUACGAUGUUCGAUUUUGUGCCAAUAGUGUGGACGUAUUCGUUAGCUGUGGACAAGAUGGAAGCGUGAGGAUGUUCGAUCUUCGCAGCUUGGAACAUAGUACUAUCAUCUAUGAACCAACUGCCAAGGACGAUCGGGGUAUGACCUCAAGACCGUCUGCUUACUCCCCAGGAUUCUCUACUAAUACUAAAAUAGAUGCGAAUGGCGGAAGGAUAAGCCCUACUCUUGCUCAACAAACCAUGUCGCACGCGCCGCCUCUAUUAAGAUUAGCUACUUCACCACACGACACUUACAUGCUGGCUACGUUUGCUCAAGAUUCAAAUGUCAUCCGUAUCCUCGAUGUACGACAUCCAGGACAAGCAUUACUAGAAUUGCGCGGACACGGCGGAUCCGUAAACUCGAUAGAAUGGGCACCCGGCAGAAGAGGUUUACUUGCUUCAGGUGGUGAUGAUUGCCAAGUACUAUUAUGGGAUCUUGUCAACAGUACUCCUACAACCGGCCAUGCUUCUAACGGAGUCGGUUCGGCCGAUAAACACCUUACACCGGUUGCUAGCUGGCAAUGUGAUUACGAAGUCGGCAACCUCGGAUGGGCUCCUCCUCUUCACAACGGGGAUGGCGUCGGUGACUGGCUCGGUGUAAGUGGCGGACGAGGUGUCUGGGGUGUAAAGAUUUGAUUUUAUCGAUCAUAUCCAUAGUCACCACCCCGUUAGGUAUGUAUGUGGCAAGGGUUGAUGCAAAUUCGUUGGAAAGCCUCGAUGCAAAUCCUUCUUCCUGCUCCCACCGCCAAAUACAUCCAUUAUCCUAUAGAUUGGCACUACCCCUCCCUUCAGAUUGCUACAUGCAUUUACGAAGCAAGGCGUUUUUUUUUAUUCUUGGGCCCGCAUCUUGUUUUGUGGAUGGGCGAGCUCGAAGAGUUUGUUUGGGGAUGAUGGGCAUAAUAGGGUAGGGUAGGGCUAUUGUGCUGGUGGUUUAAAGAAUUAGGUACAUCUUAGGUAGGUAGUGGGUAGGCUACUUUGAAGCAAAAAAAAACAAAGGAGUCAUUUCACUAUCUUAUGCGAGAAGGGAAGAGAAUGGGGGUUGUGUCCAAAAAUUCAGUUGUUGAGAGUAUGAGAGUGGGGUUUUUCAUCAUGCUGAAAUACCUUAACCUGUAUAUUAGGAGUAGUGAUAUGGGAUAGUAGACAGGUUUAGCUUAAUGAAUUGGUACUGGAGGCUAGAUGG